AUGGACUUAAAUAAUGAUAAACCUCGAACUCAACCGGCACCAGUACCGUUUGAAGUUAAUUUUCCAAAGCCACUCGUUCCUGAGCUUUCAUUACUCUCAUUAGAUAACACCGCCGAUAAUAAUGAAAAAGAAAAUAAUUCAGAUUCAUUAAACGACUUUCAAAGUUUUAAUGCUUGGAAAUGGAAAUAUAUGAAUGGCAGAGAAAAAAUUGAAGAAAACAAGUCAAUUAAUAAAUGUAAUAAUUCAAAUAACUGUGUUAUAAUCAAGGAUAAAUAUUAUUUAUCUGAAACAGAAAAAAGAAAAAAUGAAAUAUUAUAUGGGCAAAUGGAUGAUGAACCCAGGCGACCACUACCUCCUAGAACAUUUCAAGAACCUCCUUUGAUUAAAAAUUUAUAUACUAGCAAACCUAUAAUGAAUGAAAGUUUUAUAGAAAGCUCAUUUAAUGAAAACAAAAAUGCCGAAUCUUAUAAAAAGUCUGUUGUCAAUGAGCCAAAAGAAAAUUUGAAAUCGGAUGCUUUACUAGCAACUUAUUUAAAGAAAGAAUUUGACACAUCGAGUAAAUUUUACAAAAUUAUGACUGAACAAAACAAUCAAAUUCAAAUUUUACAGCAACAAAUUGAACAAACUUUAAAAUUUCAAGACAUUAAAGAUAAACAAAUAGAACAGUUGCUUAAACUUCAAGAUUCUAAGGAAAAAAAAAUAGAUCAAUUAUUACAAUCUGCCGAAAUAAAAGACAAAGAAAUUGAUAGAUUAUUAGAUAUAAAACAAAAGCAAGAGAAACGUUUAAAAGAGCUAUUAAAAUCAGAAGAAGAAUGGGAAAGAAAAAAUGCAGAGUUAAUUAAAAAAUUAAAACAUUUACAAAAACGUGAAACUGUUUCAGUUAGUACAAUGACAGAUUUCGAAACCACCGAUAGUAGUACUAAUACAUCCCUAAAUUAUUUAUCAGAACAGAAAUGUGAUGGAAAAAAGGAGACUUUAAAUAAUAGCUGUGUUAGAGAUUCAAAUGAAAGUCUUGGUGUUCUAGAUAAAGAUAAAUCGAUUAGUUUAAAUUCCAAUGAUCUUCCACUAAUUCAAGAACAUUCUCAAGUAAAGAACAUUAUACAAAACACUGGCGAUAAAGAACAUGAACCUGAUAAAGAGAAAUAUAUAUUUAAAGAAAGAAAUUUAAUUGAAAAAAGAAGUUCAUAUCAAGCAUUAGAAGUUAUCGAAAGAGAUAAUAAUUCUUUAGGAAAUGCUAACUUACCUAAAGAAAAUUAUUCUCCUUCAGAUAUAAGUAUGAAAAUGAAUUCACUGGCAUUAAAAUAUUUAAAACAUGAGCAAAUAUCUCAGUAUAAUUUACAACCGCAAAUAAUGACACCCAGGCACCCAGAUGUUACUAUAUAUAAUGUUACCAAUCUCUCAUUCGGGUCAACCAAGUAA